UCUUCCCCGGUUCCCUUCUAGGAGAUGCUGAUGGUCCAUGACUUCUCCAAGUUCCAUGGGUUGAAGCCCCGCAUGGUGGAUGCCCUGGAUGAGCUGCUGACCCUCGACAUCGCCAAGCUGAUGCCCCUCUUGCGCCAGGAGGAGGUCGAGGUCCCCGAGCAGAUUGUCCAGGGAGGAGCCUUCGACGGCACACGCAACGGACCCUUUGUCGAGGGGGCCACCGAAGGCGCCUACGAGGGCAUGGAUGACGACGAGUGGGUGGUGACCAAGGACAAGCCCAAGUACGACGAGAUCUUCUACAACCUCUCCCCCAUGGACGGCAAGCUGAGCGGCACCAAGGCCAAAACCUGGAUGGUGACCACCAAGUUGCCCAACUCGGUUCUCGGGAAGAUUUGGAAGCUGAGCGACGUCGACCGGGAUGGCAUGUUGGAUGACGAGGAGUUCGCUCUGGCCAGCCACCUCAUCGAGGUCAAACUCGAAGGCCACGGCCUGCCCUCUGACCUGCCCCGCCAUCUUGUUCCCCCUUCCAAGCGCCGGCAGAAGGGCUCGGCUGAGUAAGCGGCUUCCUGAGUCGGCUUGCUCCACCCCCCCCACAUCCUAACACCGGUCUUGAAGUACUUCAGGAGGUGCUGGGCCUUCUCCGGUUUCCCUCGAAGCAAACUUCCAGGAAUUGAAUUCCUUAGGAAGACCUCACCUCGCAGCCGAGCACAGCAUAGGAAAUCUGCUUUCUGCUCCUCUCUUCAAGCCAGGCUUCCAGCUUCAAACUUCUCCGUCCCUUCUGGACUUUUCAGCGACUCCCGUCCGCCUCGCAAAGCCUCAAUGUCCUCACGCAGAAUUAAACCAGUUGAACUCACCCAUGUCUACCACCCCACCAAGAAUCUACAGCGUUAAGACUUCUCUUCCCAGGGGGGGUCUCUAUUUCCAGAAACCAAACUCAACUUCGUUGGCUUCCUGAAGUACCUAAAAAAUAUGACUUCCUCCGUGCGUAGUUUGGAACCGUUCCUUUAGGCCAGAGUCUAGCCCACAUCAGACCCACAUUAGGUUUGACUUCUCUUAGUAGUCCAUGGCCAGAUGUGCCACCAACCUAGAUGGUCCAGAUGGUCUCCACCUUCAAGCUUUCUUUAUAUUUGGUCAACAUCUUUCCUCCGUUCCAUCUGGACUUUGGCCACCUACAACUC